AUGCCCCCCCGCCUCCGCCUCCCCACCUUUACUGCCGCCGUGCGCGCCCCCGCGUCCGCCCCGCGCCGGACCAACGCAACACUCUCAAUCCCCCGCAACACGCCGGUGCACCCCCGCACCGGCGGGAACCCGUUGACCUCGCGGGUCGCAAACCGGGCACUUCCCGACAUAGCCCGCUCGCGCCUCCUCCGCCUGAGCACGAUCCCCAUAUUCAUCGUCGCCGUCGCGGGCAGCGCAUGGGGAAUCUUCAACUACCAAAAGCUGUCCUCCUCCGUCGUAGCCAGCACACUGUACAGUCUCCGGGUGCACCCGCGGGCGCGGGCGGAGCUGGGCGACGAGAUCGCGUUCGCCUCUGCUUUCCCGAUCGUGUGGGGCGGGAUCGAUCAGCUGCAUGGUGUUAUCGAUAUUCAGUACUCCGUCAAGGGCAGGAAGGGCGUGGAGGGGGUGGUGAGGUUUAGGAGCACUAGGAAGGGGCGGAGGGGCGUGUUUGCGACUGAGGAGUGGUAUCUCACCAUGCAGGACGGACGGAAACUCAUCCUGCUCGAGGAUGCGCCGGUUCUUCCCAAAUCCGAUUAG